AGAGGUAUUCAUAUCUGACCGCUUCAAAUUGCAGUGUGUGUGAACUAAUUACAAACAGUUGGACAGUGCUUGAGUACUACGCAAACUGCACCAAUGUCGGAAGAUCCUAUUUCAUUUUUUGGGAGAAACUGCGAAUAUUCAUACUGCAGCAAAAGCAUUUUGGGCGUGGGCGGCUUUGGUUCGGUAUACAAAGCAACGAUCACACAGCAUGGUCAUUUCGAUGUGGGCGAAUUGGCAGUUAAAGUUUGUAAAUUUUCCAUGGCGGAAAACUGGCAAAAGUGGCGUGACCGAUGGAAUACACUGGUCAGGUUGAAGCAUCCCCAUUUAAUUAGAUAUCAUAAAAUCUCUGUUAAUGAACCAUCCAAAGCACCUGUCGUCGAAUAUUUAAUGGAUUAUUGCAGUGGUGGUGACCUGGAAAUGCAUCUGAGUGAGAAGAAGACGGAAGUCAAAAAGAACUGUUCCUCAUCCUUUGACGAAACGACAGCCAUGUGUUAUGCUGUGCAGAUCAUUAAGGGCGUCAGGUUUUUACAUAAGAACAGCAUUAUGCACGGAGACCUGAAACCCGCGAACGUUUUGGUCAAAUACAGAAGCGAUAUACUUCCGCAUUUGCUGAUCGGUGACCUUGAUGGCCUCAUCCAAAUGGAAAAUAGUAUUGCAUCCCGUAGUAUCGACAAUCUCUGUGGAACUCUCCGGUACAUGUCACCCGAACUGCUUAAGCGAUUGGUUUAUGCGGAAGUCUGCAGCCUUGGGAGGAAGUCAGAUAUCUGGAGCCUCGGCUGUGUCAUUCACGACCUAGUCAACUGCUGCUUUGCAAUAGAAAACAAAGUCCUUGUAAAAGAGCCGGACUCCGUUGAGGUGAACAGCCGUCUUACCAGCUACACAUACGCAGCGAAGAUCAUUGAGGGCUACGUUCCGCUAAUUAGGGCAACCGCGUCCCCUUUGAGAGACAUUGCAAUAAAGUGCUUGCAAGUUAACAGCGCAGCUCGAGAAUCUGCUGCUGGAUUACUGAAAAUUAGUAAGAGCCAACGCUUGGACAUUUGCAACGAAUGCCGCGUUUGUGGAAGACAAACCGCAUCGGAAAAACAUGGCACAGACACAGUGGGUGGAUCCACAUGUUACACAGCUUCCAAACCGAAGGCAUUGAGCCAAUUCCAAAAACCCGGAAGGGAAGUGGAAAAUUCACAGGUUACAGCAGUGCCGGUGGCAUCAGCAAGUAACGCCGCAGUCCAUCUGGUUUCAGGAUCUAUAAAUAAAUCAAAACUGAACCCAGACCAUACCCGGAACGAAACGGUACAAAUGGUCUGCCAGGUAACGGUUCGUGGAGGGAUGUUCAAUAUGCAUGCUACACUAUGCUGCCUUAACGUAUGGCUCUCCAUUUUUCUCCUAUUAAUGAUGGGCUUUUUUCUGCCUCAAUUACUGCUGACCAGUCAACAGUUUUUUGGAGAAUCCAAAGAAUCCUUUAAGCAGCACUUUCCCAUCUCUAGUUUACCACUGGAUUUUCGGAGUCAAUAUAGAAAUUCAGCCAAUUUAAUUGUUCCAUACGAGCUGUUGAGUAAUAAGAAAAAUAUCGCACCAGCCGAUCGCAUUCCGCUGAUCCAAGAAGUCAUACAGGAAGAAAAUAAAGAACCCCGGCGACGAGGCAAACGCAAACGCUGCGAAAAUGAACUGGGAAACUUAACGGAAUGCACAAAAUUUGUCAUAUGGAAGAUAAGGAAAAUGUGCGCGCAGCUGGCGAAACCGAUUAAAGAUCGUGAUACAAAGGUCGCUUUCAUAAACUCAUUAAAACUGAAAAUCCGGCAGACAAGUUUAAUUGCAUUGGUGGGUCCAAUUGGAAGUGGAAGAAACACGUUUUUGCGGUUGUUUCUCAAGCGUAUGGAGCUCGGAAAAUCUAUAGAACAUGGUUCCGUAGAAAUUAUGAAGCCAGGUGACUUCCUUGACACCAUAGAAUUUCGAAGCUGGACAAUUGAAGAAAUACUGAAGGUUCUUGUUCUGAUGAUCUACAACGGAAUUCCUAAAGAUUUAAUUGUGUUCACUACGAAUGGUGUAAUCGAUUUGCCGGUGGUGUUAUUGCAGCUGCUGGGAAUUAGGAGCCCGUUGAUUGUUAUCAUGUCCAGCAAUGCCACGAAGCUGUGCGACGCGGUGUGCAGUCGACCAAAGUUAGGCUUCGUGCAGCUGGCGCAUGGCGUGUGUAUGGCACACCAAGUUGAAGAUUCUUGUUUGACCAGUGGCCAUCAGUUUGUCUACAACUGGGCGGCGUAUAAGAAGAUCAAAAACUUCCGUUUAGGAUUGCCGGUGACUCAUCACGAUGAUAUCAAACUGAUAACUAAAAUGCGAAGAGAUGCCGGUAUCCGUCCCUUCCAGUACAUAAUGGAGAGACUUCGUGCGACUCUCGCAAUUGGAGCAGCGAAUGACAGCAUCGUGGCUGCAGCCCUUUUUCGUUAUGUUUAUAUUUAUGAAAAGAAGUACCAGAGAGAUAGUUUGCAGUUCAUGUUGCAUGGUACUCUUGACGAUUUUGACUAAACAUCCAGUUCCCGCAACGAUGCUGCCGACUGCUGAUGCCGGAAACAUGGAGAUUGUAUAAUAUUAAGGAGGCUAGGUUGCUUCUGAUGGCCUUUUGGCUUCCUUCCACUCUGCUUCCGUACCUUAUUUUUUUUAUUUCGUUUGCACAAAGUGUUUUA